UGACAUUUGUUUCUAAGAAAUCCCAGAGUGUGUUAAGGUUUUCUUUGCACUUAUAGGAGGUCUGCAGCUAUCUUCAGCGCAGUUAGGACACUUGUCCUAAACUCUUACGUUUCGUUUCAACCAAGAGAUGGAUGAAGAUGAACGACAGAGGAAACUAGAAGCCGGAAGAGCUAAGAAAUCUUCCAACAUGCCACGAAGUCAGUCGCUUGCUAGCUUCCGACAGAAGCGGGCGAAAAGUGACAGUGCGGGGGCGGCGAAAAAGACGCAGAAGAGGAAGGGUCAGAAUGUCUCGCAGAAUGACCGCUCAACGCAAGACCGUCACCUAGAACCAGCCCUCCCAUCAGCCAGUGAUGCAGAGAAGAACAGCAAGACAAACCAUGAGGAACUGCAAAAGCCCAGGAAAUCAGAGGUUCAGCAGGACAGGGGUCAGAAGGAUCAGUCUCCCACCCAGGACCAAAACCCCUCCCCUGUGGUGGGGCUGGGACAGGAAGAUGUUGCUGCAUUCACUGGCAAAGAUCAGCUUGAGCAGUUACAACAGGCUGUGGAGAAGCGAAAUGAGAUCAUCGCUAGGCUCAGUUCCAACCUGCAGGAGGCCCUGGCCAGCAGAGACCAGGUUCAACUCGAGGCACAGUCACUGGCUGGACAGAUACAGGCCUUACAGAAACAGCUCCAACAGACCAGUGUGGAUUUUCUGCGCUUCAAAAGUCAGUCAGGGCCUGAAGUUUUUCAUGCUCAGCAGCAGCAGCAGCGUCAGCCUGGUCCUGGAUCCAAAGAUGCAGACCUCAACCAUCGAGAGGCGCCAUCAGGAGCAGCAGGCAGCGCAGGUCCUGGAUCCCGGGCAUCAAGCUUGGAGGGCUCCAGCAAUGACAGUGACACUGAGACAGAUGGUCUCCUACACCAACUAAAGACCGAGCUGGAUUUAGAGAGGGAGAACUUUCAGCGUAUAUGUGCCGAACUAGCAGAGGAGAAGGAAAAUCACCAACAUGUGGUAUCUUUACUGGAGGAGGAGAGGAAGUGCAGGGAGGAAGAGAGAAAAGAAAAGGAGACACUGUUCCAGGACCUCCAAAACCAGUUGAGCCAAGCCCAAACUCAGUGCCUUGAGAUCCAGCAGUACAAAGAGGAGAAGGAAAAGCUGAAUAGAGAGGUGCAGGAGCUGAGAAGGAAGCUCCAUGAAGAGCAGGAGGCAGAAAGGAGACUGAGUGAGGAGGUAGCCAGCACUGCCAUGCAUCUCCAAAGCCUGGAGGAAGAAAGAGAGAGACAGGAGGAGGAAUUGAGUAGGCUCAAGGAGGAGCACAGACAGGAGGUGGAGAGAGUUAGGCAGCUAUUGGAGGAGAGGGGAAAUGGCCUUGAGUUUAGAAUGGAAGAGGACAUGGAACUCAAAGCUUCUAAAAAUAAGCAGAACCUGGCAAAAGUUAAUUUUAGUUGCGACCAAAGAGCUGGUAUAGAAGAGGCUGAUCUGGAAGAUAGACCUGGCCAGGACUGUCUGAUCGUUUCAGUACCUGAGGAUUCAGACAUCCUGAUGGAGCGCUAUUUGUCCUCAGCACACCCUUCACAUUCACACUCCUCCCUAGCCAAUGAAAACCAGGAACAGUGGAAUCUGCAGGACAGCUCCGCAAACUGCAGUUUUGAGCUAAACAGUGAAGUGUUUGGCGACCAGGCCGACUUGUCCGCUUCACACUCUCUCCACGAAGAGAGUGAUGACCUCCGUAACGUCUCAAUCCCACAGUGCUCAGCAGGAUCACCCGAUAUCCCUGUGGAUUAUAACUCCAUCCCUCAGUCUCCGUCUCAGUGUCUUAACAACUCCGCCACUGGCGAGCUGGAGACGAGUGAGAUUUCAGAGCAGCCCUAUGAGGAUUCAGACCUGGGAAAGGAGCUGCUUAACCAGCAGUGUGUGGAGCUCCAGGAGGAGCUUGCAAUCAGAGAGAGGGAGUUGAAUGUGCUAAAGGAAGAAGUUGCCAGGACUGCUGAUGAGCUGGAGGAGGCCAGGAGCAGGUGGGCCCAAGUAACAGAUGAGCUCAGGGAGGCUCUCUGGGACCUUGAAGAGGAAAAGGAGAAGAGGAGGACAUGUGACAAGGAACUUGAAGAUGAAAGGGAGAGGAGGAAACGUGCUGAGGAGGAGAUAAACUUGAAAGCUCAUGAACAAGACAACCUUAAGAACAAACUCAGUGCCUUACUGGAAGAGAGAGACAAACUCAAGGAAGGGAUGAUGGGGAAAGGGAAGGUUCGGGCCUCCUUACUCCUCCCCUCUGCCUCUCCAUCAGUGGAAUCAGAGAAACUGGAAGGGGAGCUAAAGGAUGAGGGGAACGAAACCGAGCACUUGUCUUUUCUUAAUCCGAAGCAGCUGCUGGUUUCCUCUCUGCAGGAGGUGAAGCAGGCAGGAGACUCGGCCAAACAGAGUGUGGAUCUCAGCAAUGAAAAACAGCUACAAGCACUACAGGCUCAUUCUGACCAAGUCAUGUCAGAGCUGGAGGAGACUAGAGUGAAACAUAAAACCACAGCAGCCUUGCUGGAUCAGAGGACAGUGGAACUGGAUGCUGCAUUAAAGGAGCUCAGUGACACUCGUGCACAGAUUGAGACCAUCCAAAAAGAGAUGGAGACACUUGGAAAGGAGCUAGAAAAGAACCAGAUUAAUCUGGACAGGACUGAGAGAGAGAGGAGCGAGCUGGAGUCUCAGCUCCUCUGUCUGAAACAAAACCUAACCAAUUUGGAGGAAGCACAGGCCCAGGGAGUGCAGGAGAAGCAGGAGCACGGGAGGAAGGUGGAAGAGUUGGAUGGGCUCAUUAAAAAAAUGGAGCAGGUACUAGAAGAGGAACUUGAGCAGUUUGAGAACUUGUUGAAGGCCAAGGACGAUGAGCUGGCUGAAGAGAGGGAGAAAUGGGAGGACGAGCGGCAGGAAAAAGACAAAGCGCUGCUUGAUGUGAGGCAUCUCCUGGAGGAACAGAGGAGGGAGCAGGAAGAGGAGGUGAAGGCUCUUGUGGAGAGGCAGCUCUCGGCUGUGGAGGAGGCCACAGAGAGGCUUAGGAAAUCUCACCAAGAAGAAGUGAAAGACCUGAUGGAGAAACAUCAACAACAGGUGUCUGAAUUGAACAUUUGCCUGGAGACAGAGCUGCUCAGUCAGAAGGCCACUAUAGAAGAAGAACAUAUGAAACAGAUGAGCCUUAUCAAACAGGUGAAUGAACGUGAUCACCAGAGGACUGUGGCAGAGCUGUGCACUAAACACAAGGAAGAGCUCAGUCAGCUGAGGAUAGAGCUCUCUGCAGAGCUGAGGGAGAGCAUGGAGGCUGCUCACCAGGUUGAACUGCAGCAGGCACAGACCCAACACUCUCUGGAGCUCGAAGCUAUGCAUCUGAGCUUGACCAACCUCCACUCAUCCCAGCUGGAGCUCUCCCAGGCAAACUUGCAUCAGGAGCAAGAGGCUACUCUCAGCAAGGUCCAGGACUCUCUGAAGGAGAAGUGGACCCAGGAGGUCACAGUCCUUCAGGCCCAACAUCAGUCUGAACUGGACCGGAUCAGAAAUCAAAAUCAGGAGCAGCAGGACAGCCUGCGUGAGCAGCACCGCCAGGACAUGGAUGAAUUGAGGCAGCAGUGGGAGACUCGUGUUUCUCAGGAGAGAGCUUCCAUGGAGGAGAAGCAGUUCAGAGAGAUCCAGGCUUUAAGGUCUCAGUGGGAGAAGGAGGCUGAGGACUCCCAGUUAGACCUCCAGGCGUCCCUCUCAGAGACCCAGAUGAGCCUUACCAACACCCAGACAGAACUUGCUGACACCCAGGCCUCCCUCACCCAAACUCAAACAUUACUUGACCAGACCCAGGCAGCUCUAACUGAAGCCCAGGAGGCCCUAUCCCAGACUCAGUCAGACCUUAGGGAGUCACAGGUCAGGUCAGAGGAGGAGAACCAGAGACUACAGAAGGAGCUGAGCCAAGCCAGGGCUGACAGACAUUCAGCUGCUCGUGCUAUUGAGGAGCUGGUUUCCAGUCAUAAGGCUGUGCUGCUUGAGAAAGAGCAACAUGCACACCACCUAGAGGAGAAGGAACAGCAGCUGCAACAAGAGGUAUUGCAGCUACAAGAAGAGCAGGCCUCACUGAAAAAGAGCUCAGAACAGGAAGCAGCUCAGCUGUGGAGCCAAAUAGAGAGCAUGAGGACUAGUCGACAAGAGCUGGGAGAGCUGAAAGAGCAGCUGCUGGCUCGCUCAUCCCAUGUUGAUGACAUUGAGCGCCUAAAGGCAGAGUUUAAUGAGCAAAGACAGGAGAUCAAGGAGCAGAAUGAGGCUGAGCUGGACAGCCUCAGGAGGUAUUUUGAGCAGCGGCUCCAAGCAGCAGAGGAAAACUACAGAGAGGAAAUUGCUCUGCUGCAGCUGAGACUGGUAGAAGGUGCAUUGGAAGAGACUGUGCUUAAGACUGGGGAUACAAGUUCUGUGUGUGAAGACCACAUUGAAGAGGACAAAAACGAUGUACCCACUGAUGCCAUGUUCAAACUUGAGCAGCAGAAGGAUGAACUGGAUACUUUGCGUUUGCUGCUGGAGGAGAAACACAAAAUGGAGCUGGCCAACCUACGCUCCUCUAUGACUCACUCUUAUAAGGAAGAGCUGCGCCAGGUGCGCUCUGACCUGACGGACCGUUACUAUGAAGACCUGCAGGAGCUGAAGUCUCGUCAUGCCAUGGAUCUGGAGCAACUCAGAGCUAGGCUCUCCGACAGUCAUUUACGAGAGCUAACACGAGUUCGUUUGGAGGCAGCAAGGGAGGUUGAGGUGGAGGUUGAGCAGAGAAUGUGGUGUUUCACUGAGGAGCAACACACAAGGAUGACCAUCAUCCAGACCUUGGAGAACAGACUGUCCGCCUUGAGUGAACAGCACAAAGUAGAGCUGCGGCAGAGCCAGCAACAGUUAAAACAGGAGUUUGCAGAGGAGCUGGAAGAGGCUCAGAAAAAGGAGAGGGAGAGCACACAAGAGGAGUUGACUCUGAGGAGCCAGGAGGAGCUGCAGAGGCUGAGAGAGGAGCUCCAAGAGAACCAUGAAGCACAGCUCUCUGCCCUGAGGGGAGACCUGGAGAGCAGGAUGGAGGAAGAGAGAAGAAGCCUUGAAAAAGAACUCCAGGAAGAGAGGGAGAAGUUGAAGUCUCUGCAGGCUUCUCUGGACAACGAUCAGAGCCCCCAGGUCCUACUAGUGAGACAAAGACUGUCAGCCCAGUUUGACAGUGAACUGCAGAGGGCCAAGAGCAUCAUGGCAGCUGAAGUGAAGGAGCUCACUGCUCUCCUCCAGCAACAGAGUGAGGAGCGGCUACACCAAACCCAAGAGAGGUUUCAGGAGGAGAAAGCAGUAUUGGAGCAGCGUUUGACUCAGAAGAAUGAAAUCUCUCUGGGAGAGUUAAGGGAUAAACACCAGGCUGAGUUGGAACAUCAGAAAGCAGCGCUACUGAACAAACACUCGCAAGAGAUGGACACACUCAAUGCCAAACACAAAGCACAACUAGAUUCACUCAAUGCCAGUCACAGAGAUCUGCUUGCUGCUAUGGCAUUGGAGCUUGACUGCAAGCACAAAGCUGAGCUUGUUGCCUUGGAAGCAGCCUUUGACUCAAAACGAAAGGCAGAGCUUGAUAGUCUAAAGGCCUUGUUCCAGGAGACCAGUCAGGCUCAGCUUGAGGCUCUAGAGGCAGAGUUGGCUCGCAAACACCAAGAAGAGAAGGAUGAACUGGAGAGGAGGAUGCUGGGUAAUAUGGACACCCUAGAGGCCACCUAUCUGAAGGAAGUCCAAACUCUGCGUGAUGAAAUGGUGCAGCUUGAAGAGAAGCAUUGCCAAGAAGUGAAUCGGCAGAAGGCGGAGCAUAGGCAGAUGAUGGAGCGCCAACAUGCACAGCAGCUUUCCAUCGGAGAGGAACUAAGGAAAGAGCUGGCACAGGUGCACAUGGAGAAAUUUAGUGCCAUGGCAGCAGAGCUCAGCAAUGUUCACCAGACAGAGCUGUCUGCUCAAAAAGAGGCCUUAGAUGCUGAACACUGCAAGGCUCUGGAGAACCUAAAGAAGCAGGUUCUGGAGCUAGAGCAACAACAUAGCGAUGCUUUUCAGAAGCUGUCACAUACUUACACUACGGAGAAGGAGCAACUCACUGAGCAGCACCAGCUCCAGUUACAGGAGUUGAGGAGUGUCUCUGCACGAGAACUGGAGGCAUGUCGCAGGGAGCUGGAAGAGGAGUCGUCACGGCAACGUCUGCACUUCCUGGAGGAGGUGGAACUCCUCAAAGUCCAGUCAGAGGAGAGACUACAGGACAGGAUUAGUCAACUGAAGGUGGAGUUUGAAGAGCAGAAGGAGGUGGAGCUUGAGGAGCAGAGGCGGAGCUUCACCUCUGAACACGAGGAGAAGGAGCGCAGCUACAUGGACAAAAUGAGCCAGCUCACCGCCCAGCUGCAACAGCUCGACGCUGUAGUGGCCCAGCUGCGAGCAGAGGUGGGCUGUCUGCAGGGCGAAUUAGAGGGCAAGCGCAGUGAGAUGGAGACCUUGGACACCCUUCUCCAGCGAAGAGAGCGAGAGAGUCAGGAGGGAGGCAACCUUCUCAAAAUGCUUACUGAGGAUCUGCAGACUGCCAAAGAGGAAAGACGUGAGCUGCACCAGGCCAAUGACAAGCUGAGGAAGGUCCUGAUUGAGAUGGUCCGCAGCACAGUCACAACAGAGGAGCUGAUUGGACAAAGGAUCAAUGUUAAAGGCCGGAAGUCUGAGCAGCUAGGCAAUCAGAAGACCUCAGCAGGGAGCAAGGAUGCACGAGAGUCAGGCAUUUCAGCUGUGGAUUUAUCAUUGGAGGACCAAGAGCUGACCCAGUUCCUCUGUGAGAGCCUAUUGGUUUCAGACACACAGAUCCAUCCUGGAGGAGAGGAGGCAGCUCUGAGUGCCUGCAGCAGACUGCGCCACAUGGUAGACACACUUCUGGAGCUCCUCAACCAAGCUAAUACACAGUUGGAGCAGACUCAUGACGUCCACCUCUCUCUGGAGGAGAGGUUCUCACAGGGCAGAGAAGAUUCCGCCCAACUCCUCAAGCAGCACAAGCUCUUGUUGGAGCAGCUGGAUCAGGAGGCGGAGCUAAAGAGUCAGCUCCAGCUGGAGCUCCACAAGGCUGAGGGAUUGCUGGAGGGCUACGUUACUGAAAAAGCAGCCCUGGAGGAGUCUCUGCAGCAGAAGGAGGUGCAAGAGGAGAGGCUGGUGGAGGAACUGGAGGACCUUAAGGUGAAGCUGCACCAGAUGCAGGGCCUUACGGUGGAGCUGGACAGCCUCCGGGUGCAGCACCAGGAGCUCAGCGAGGAGCACACAGUUCUCUUGCGCCAGAGGGAACAUCUCACUGCUGGCUUGGGGGACAGGGAGAAAGCUCUCGUGGCAGAGGCAGAGCGUUUGUCCCAGGAGAGGCUUGACUUGCAGCGGCAGGCAGAGAAGGACCGCAGCUCCCUGUCCCUGCGCCUCAGGACCCUGGAGACUGAGCUGGAGGAGCAGGAGAGCAAAGGUCUGGAGACAGAGGUGCACUACAAGGCCCAAACCGAGGACCUCAACCAGCGUAUCCAAGCACUCGAGAAACAGCUGAAGCACAGUCGGCAGUUUAUAGAUGAGCAAGCUGUGGAGCGUGAGCAUGAGAGAGAUGAGUUCCAGCAGGAGAUCCGAAGCCUGGAAGCCCAGCUCAAGCAGACAGCCAGAGGUCAAAGCAGUGGGGAUAACAAAGGACAGAGGAUUGAGGAUUUGGUCCUGCAGGUGGAGAGUCUCCAAACUCUGAUCAAGGACAAGACAGAGGACCAUGCGUCCUUGCUAGCAGCCAAUCAACAAGCCCAGCGUGAUGUCGCGGAGCGCAAUGAGGAGAUUGACAAGCUAGCGGGGCGAAUCAGAGAGCUUGAGCAAGCAUUGCUUAGCAGUGCUGAAAGUAACAGAUCUGUCAGUCAGCUUGAACAAGAGCUCCACAGAAUGAAGCUGAGAGAACAAGAGCUCACACAAGACAAACAGGCACUGGAGCAGCAGCAGUUGUCCAACAGGCUUCAGAUCUCGGCUCUGCAGUCCAAACUGGACGAGACCAGACAUUUUUAUCAUAACAACACACAGGACCCUACCCAGCAGCUCAGAGAUGCACUGGACACUGCUCAACACAGCCUGCAGAGCAAAGAGCGUGAGGUGGAGGUCCUUGUUGGUCAGCUGGAGCAGGUACAGAGGGACUUAAAUAUCAAAGAGGUGGAGCUAAAACACCUCACACUACAACUGGAACUACUGACCAAUCAGAAUGCAGCUCAUGUUACUCAGCUCCAAGAGGAGAUUGUCACCUUAAAGGAGAAUGUGUCCAGGCUUACCAUACUUGAGGAGGAAAGAGAGGGAAGUAAAGUGGUGGAUGACACAGAGGAGAGUCUCCCCUCAGCACUGCUCCAGGAGAAAAAUCAGGAGAUCGACCACCUCAACCAGGAGAUCCAGAGGCUGGAGCAAGAGAUAGAAAACACCAGGAACAACACGGCUUUGGAGGCCGAGCUUGAGGAGCUUCGCUCUCAGGUGGAACACCUCCACUCUGACAUCACGAGGCUGCGCCAGGACAAGCAGGAAGAAGAGGAGCGCCUGCAUGAAGUCAUCAGCACACUGCAGGCAGAACUCGCCACUUUGGGCCCCACGCUGCAUGAAGUUAGCGACUCUCAGGAUGGUGACAGCAUUAAUCCCUCCCCUGCCCCCAGCCCUGAACCUCACCACUACCCUGUCCGAGAACCAGAGAAGAAAGGAGGGCCCGACAGCCUGAAACAAGAACUGCGUCUGACUCACUCUGCCUCGUCUCGUUCACUCCGCUCUCGCCUUGAGGCUCUACAGAGUCAGCUGGAGACUGCGGUGGCUGAGAAAGCGGCACUGGAGCGAUUAUUGCUGACCCAGGAGGAAGAGUACAGAGGACAUGGAGAAGAGUUAGGGAAGAGGCUUAGAGAGGAGAGGGAGAAGGCAGAGGAGCUCCAAAGUCUCCUUGUCCUUAAAGAAGCUGAGCUGGAGGAAGCCAAAAGACAUGCAGUACAGCUUGAUGAAGAAAGGGAGAAGAAGAAACUGUUUGAGGUGGAAAGAGACCGUUUGCAAGCUGAGGUCUUGGAGAUGAGUGCCGUGUGUGAGGAGAAAGCCCAACUCAGCUCUUUAGUUUUGGAACUCCGAAAGAAAGAAGGGGAGAGGGUGAGGGAGAUGGAGACUCUAAAGACAAAGGAGGAGGAGAUGAAAAGGGAAAUAGAAGACCUACGAGAAGGCAGUCUCACUCUUGAGAGACAAGUCCAGGAAGCAAGGGCUCAGGUAUUGGCUGUAGAGGGACUGGUUGCAGAGGGGAAGGUAGAGGUGGACACCCUGGAGACUGUGAAGGGAGAACUUUCUGCUGAGCGUGAGGCACUGAGAAGGAGGGAGGGCAAACUGCAGGAGGAAAUAGACAGGCUCAGACAGGAAGUGACAUCGCAGAGAGCCUGUAUCGAGGAAUUAAACCUUCAACUCAAGGAAAAGUCAGCCCAUCAAGAAGAGGCUCAAAAGGAAGUGCUGACAAAUGCCGAGGUAACCCUUGCUAAAGCAGACGCUGCCUUGAGACAGAGGGAGGCGGAGAUAGCCAGACUGGGGGCAGAACACCAAGCCUUGAGAGCUGAGCUGACUGCUGUGAAGGAGGGUCUCAGUACCAGUACAGAGAGAGCAGACAAGUUACAGGAGGAAGGACAGACCAAAGACCGUGCCCUUGCAGAACUUGAGGCCAGUAAUCAGCGUCUGAAGGUGGAGCUUCGAGGCCUACAGGAAGACCUGGCUGUGCAGGAAGAGGAACUCGCCUAUCAGCAAAGAGAACUACAGCACCUCAGGCAGCGCUGCCAUAAGCAGGACACACUUCCUCACAACCAGGGAUACUCACAGAAAGAUAUUUCUCAGAGAGUGUUUGAGGAUGCGGUGUGUGUCUCUCGUGAUGAAGCCUCGCUGAGCUCCCCGGAGGUAUUGAGGAGACUGGAGUGCUCUGAGGACAGAAUCCCAGAAGGCUUCCACACCUCGGUUCUGGGCUCUCGGCUCUCUGAGUUCAGCAAUCUCAACAGCACGGGCCUUGAUCUCCCACACGCCAAGACCUCCCCUCGGGUGCAUAUGGAGCCGCCACACUCGAGGACCAUCACCCCAGACCCGGCCACUCAGAGCACCCACUCCCCAGGCUCUGUCUCAGUCUCCGACAAUCUCUCAAUGCUUGAUUCGCUGGAUGCUGACAAAGUGCAUGGUUCAGAAACCCUUGACCUGUCAGCUCCUCCAUCUCCUCUUGGCUCCACCUCUUCCUUAUCAGCACCAGAAUGGGCCAGUGAUGGAUAUGGCAGCAAUGUGAGUUCAGAGCUGGGUGUGCGGCUGAGAGUGGAGCUAGAACAGACUGAACGGCUGGAUGCUCAGUUUGUUGAGUACCUCCGCUGCCGAGGCAUGAACCCCACAGUUAACACAGACAGUGCUGCAGGCAGUAUGAGCUACAGCGAUGACCUGCUCUCACCCGAACUUCAGGAACUGCUGAAGAAAGUAUAUCAGGAAAGCUGCAGAAUUCUCACGUUGUCCCAGCGUCGUGCUACUUCCUCAUCCCAGCCUCAUGUCUCAGAUGCAAAAACUCUCUCACUGGAUCAGACACGGUGUCAGUCACAUGAAAACGCCACCUCGCUCGACCGCCCUGAUAAAUGGUCCUCCGCCCCCCCGCUGGGCUGGCAGCAAGAGAAGAGGGCACUGCAGGAGACUGUGAUUGCCCUCCGAGAGCUGCUCUGUCGAAUGGCACAGAGAGAUACACAGCCUGUCUGUAGAGGUGAUAGUGACUGGCAGGGAGAACCACUACAGACCGCAAGACAAGAUGAAACCCAACUACGGAUGGAGCUUCAGGAGAGCCAGAAAAAGCUGAGCACUGCCUACAGCACACAACAAGAGCAAAAGAACACAAUACAGUCACUCAGGGUGGCUGUGGAAGAGGGUGAAGAGGUUUUGAGGAGGGAGCAGACCAGAGUUCAGCAGCUCCAGCGACAACUGGAGCAGGAAAGAGCUGUCACCCUCCGCAAAGAGAGAGAGGAGGAGGAGAGGAGAGAGGCUGUACGUGUCUCUUUUGAGCAGCAGGGGUCAGAGAUCGUGGCUCUAAAGGGUCAAGUGGAACAGGAGAGGGUGGCAUGCAGCAACCUCAGACGUGAGCUGCAGAUAGAACAGUCCCGUAGUGUGAUGCUAGAGAAACGCCUAGAAGACACUCACAAGGACCUAGAGGAUGAACGCCAACGCUCUGCCCGGCAGCAAGAUCUCAGCUUGCAAGAAAAGAGUCGGCUAGAGCACCUCCUGGCUGAAGCCGAAUCUCACUUAGCCGACACCCACUCCCAGCUAGCGGAUGCACAGAGGAAAAUGGAGGAAGAGAGGGACCAUUUCUCCAAGCAACUGAAUGAGCUCAGUCGCAGACAGGAAACUGACACAGCCAGGGAUAAGAAAGUCAUCUCUGACUUGUGCACUCAGCUAGAACAGGAGCGGAAGCAGGGGGAGGAGCUAGCAUCUUCCACCAACAGACUGAGGGCUGAGCUAUUGCAGAGCAGAAGGAGAGAUGAAAAGGAGGACAGAAGGAGGAGAGAGGAGUUGCAGAAGGAGCAGGAGGCUGCAAUCCAUCAUCGUGUAGCCAUGGAGACCCUGAGGGAACAGAAACAGGAAGCGAGCCACGCUUUGGAGGUGGAGCGAGAGCGUAACAGACGCCAAGGGGUGGAACUCAAAGAGCUAAAGGAGCGGCUACAACUGAUGAAGGACAAGGAGAGAGAGAGGGAGGAACAGUGGGAAAGGGAGAGGAGGAAGGAGAGACAAGAGCAGAUGGAGAGGGAGCGACGACAGGAGAGGACCAACAACAAACUUUGUGAGUUGGAGUUGUUGAGACAACAGGACCAGCAGCGGAUGCAAGAGCUACAGCACACUCUGGCAGAGUUGGAAAGGGAGGAGAAAGAGAUGGCCGCUCAGAGGCUGUCUGGACAGACCACAGCACAGCUACACCCGGCUAGAUCUUCCCCGCAUCUGCACAAUAACAUGCAGACUGACAGUACACUCCAAAACCAGCAGUCCUUGUCAUCUCCAUCAGCAUCCUCCAGUCUGAUGGAUAGGCUGCUGAGGGAGAACUCUGAGCUGACUGAGCGUGUGACAACACUGAGUCAGGACAGGGUCACCCUCAAACACACUGUCACCUGCCUGGAGCGACAGCUGCGCCGAUCCGAGAACGAACUUGCCAAAGUCACCACAGAAAUAGAAAACAGACCCCUCACUGAUGCAGCCAGCCAUGGCAAGGUGCAGCGUUUGUAUGAGCGCUACCUGCGUGCUGAGAGCUUCAGGAAGUCUCUAGUGUACCAGAAGCGUUACCUGCUGCUGCUGUUGGGGGGAUUCCAGGAGUGUGAGCAGGCCACAUUGUGUCUGAUUGCCCAGAUGGGAGCCCGGCCUUCACCCCCCAUCACCUCCCAAAGCAGACCCAUCACACGAUUUAGAGCUGCUGUACGAGCAGUCAUUGCAAUCUCAAGAAUGAGGUUCCUGACCAGGAAAUGGCAGAGAGCAAUCAGAAAAUUAUCUGUUUCAGGGACUGUCAAUGGUCACGCUUCAGGUUCUAAAGCUGAGUUUUUAAGGCAGCAAAAAAUAAGAUCAAUUUCUGACUCCUCGCCACCAAAAAGAGACAGCAGCGCCAUCCACAGGGACACAGUGUCAACCCUAGUUCCACCAAUCAAAUCACCCUUCAGGCUGCAUAACAGGUCAUACUCCAGCUCCACUGUGGCCUCUGGACAUUCUGGAGGAACAUCCCAGGAUCCAGAGCGAUCCCUGACUGAAUACAUCCACCACCUAGAGAAAGUCCAGCAACGGCUGGUGGGAACCAGGCAAGUAAGCAAGACUCAUUUAGCCCUGCCCCCAAAAGAGGAAAUGAGGAGGCAGGGACAGACAGCCUGUUCCCCUGAUAUGAUUGGUUAUCGGCAGCGCUGGCUGCAGGAGAAUAGGACGUGGCUGUACCUGAGCUGCCUGUCACCCCUUUACCUGUAUGGUCCAGGUUCGUCAGUUCUCCCCUCCCACCUGCAGAAGCCUGACCACUGAAAGAACGAAUGUCUCCUUUCACCUUAUGACCCCCUAACUGUCCGUGCUUUGCGUCCAUGUGUACAAGUGCACAAAGGAAUAUCACAUAAGUGUUGAAACUUUGAUAAUGACAUCUUUAAUUUUUUUUAAGUAAAUAAAUUAUUUUUUAAAGAUUUUUGUAUUCAUUUUUCUAUCACCUGUACCUAAGCAUUGUAAAGGUCACUUGUAAGAAGUCUCUUAGAACAUAAAUAUUUCUUUUAUUUUAUAGUAUUUUUUUUUUUUAUGUGCAGUUUGUCAUUUUUCUACCCAUGUUUUUUACUACCUGUUAAUGCGCUGUAAUUGUUCUGCUGUUGGGCAAUGAAGUUCAUCAUACAUGUGUACAAGUAUGUAAAGGUUUUGCACUGGAAACCCAAGAUCAGCUUUGCUAUUGAGUAUGUAAAUGUGCAGAGGUGACCAUUAUGUUUUUAAUGUUUUGUACUAUCAAUGUUUCUAUCAUAAUAUUAAUAAAUAUUUUAAAUUUGUGAUAAC